AUGUCUUGGUUGAAGGCUAAAGACUGGGCAUCGGGCAUGGAAUACUCCAGCCUGUUUCACUCAGGGCUGCGAGCUAUCUCCCUCCGCUCCUUCAUAGGCACGCGCACCCGAGCUCAGUCUACAGCCCCAAUUUCUUCACCGGAAAAGACAAAACGGAGAUAUUCUCUCUCUUUGUCAUCUUGUCUGCUCAAACGAGGUACCUCAACUAAGAGUCCCCCCACAUCCAAAUCUAGUCUGUGUCCACCUUGCGCGGAAAAAGGUGUGCGUCCACGACCUUCAUCUAUGUUCGUAUGCUCCACCAAUGAGCUGUGUGAGCCCUGUGGAAAGGGAGGGAACUUCUUUGAUAACAUCCAUGGUCCUGAUGGUCUACCUUUGCCCAUCAUGGACUUGGGAGAUCCGUUUUCUUCAUCGCCUCAAUCAAAAUCGUUUUAUGUGAACCUAGGGGACCCAUCGCCUCUUCCACCCAAAGAAGAGUCUUUCCUCUCUUUGUCAAAUGAUCUAGAUACCUUCUAUAGACCACUCCGUCGCGAGCGUCCGCUCUCGACCCAAACUAUGCCUCUGCCUUCUUGUCGAUUUUCUGGGCACUACCGGCGCGAGCGCAGGGAACGUAUCGAUCCUGCGUGGAUGCUGGAAGAAUCAAGUCCAGAAUUGGAGGCCCAGGACAAUGGAGAGAAUGCUGAUGUUACAGAACUAAAUCUUGACGGUGUGUCGGAUUGGCGCCAGUUCCACGUUGAUUGGCUCCAGAACGAGCCUGCUGUGCAAUUGACUACCGGGAUUUAAUUGUUGCCGCUUUAUUGUGAUCCUACUGUACUGUAUGUAAUUCACCUUGUAUUCUUAUUACCUAGACUUGUAUUACUUGCCUCGUACUUCACACACCUCGUUGUUUGUAACUUUUUAGUUGGCAACAUUUAGUUCUACUUAAUUUAAUACAUUCUCUAUGAUUCUGACACGAGUCGCCGAGGGUUAGGAGAACAGCAUCCAAAAUAGGCAAUAUUAUGUAAUAUUAGAGCAGUUGCUCUGCUCAGUGACGCUGCUAAUAAGUUACAG